AUGAUACGCAAAGACGUCUCGGGGCGUCGGCGGCGCAUUGGAGGCGCCGGUGACCUCCCACCCGACAACGCCACCAACCAGACCAGUUCCGUAGGCUCGCUAGCUUCCUCACGUGCAUUAUCGCCAUCCUUCCAUAGAAACUUGAUUGAUCUGCAAAAGCAGCUGCCUAAAACAGUGAACAAUAAGGAAGAUGAUGAGGUGGAAUACAUCCGAGUGCUGCGGUCCUGUUUGUCGGGCGCUGCGCCUGACCCCUCAAGUCCGUGCUCGAUUUCAACGGCGGGCAGCGACGAGGAAGAAACGGCCGUAGAGUCCAAGAGGCGCUGUUACAGUGACGUUUCGCCGUACACAACCUUUCAAAGGCGCCAGCAUGCUGCUGGAGGACUAUCCGCUGAGAGGCUGCAAAAUAGCGGAGGAAGGCACUCCAUUGGCGUUGAAAGAAAAUGGCGCACUGAGGUUGUUGAUCUCCGAGACUUUGUAUCAGCUGGUGAAUAUGACAACGCCGAUGACAGCUUUCGUGAAACGCCUUACGAGAGCGGUGACCACGCGGCCUAUCAACUGUAUUAUGAAGGCAGAGAGACACCUGUGAGACACACGCCUGCCGGAAACACGAACAUCAUUUUGCUGGACGAUGGCAACAAUGCGGGAGUAGAAGUCUCGUUACGCAAGCUCCGCACCGGCAUGAAGGGACAGCAUAGGCUGAUCCGUCUGCACAGAGUGGGGACGCACCUCCAGCUGGAGUACUCCGAAGCGGUAGAGGACCUGGAGCUGAGCUUUGUACCUACUCAAACCAUCGCAACGAAGCACGACAAACGGCACCGGAACAUAGAACAGGUGCCGGCCAUGCGUCCCUCGUACGCCCAACGCACGUCGACUUCUGCAAACGACCAUUUCAUAACAACCAGCCCUGUGGGCAUGACAGCAUUGUGUGUGGUCUCUGGAGUCAUCGGCGCGGCAAUUGGCGCUGCACUGUACCUCAGGAGUCGGAGUUCGACAAUGGCUUGA